AAAUUUAAACAUUAUAUAUAUAAGAAGCUUCUACCUUGACACACUUGUAAUUGAGGAAUAGGGAGAGGGAGAGAGAGAGAGAGCGAAGAUCAUGGAGGUGGCAAAGGUGAGUUCUUCAGACAACUGCAGUGACGACAAGGAUAAUGAAGAAAUGAUGCUUCCAGGGUUUCGAUUUCAUCCAACAGAUGAAGAACUUAUUGGGUUUUAUUUGCGGCGAAAGGUGGAGAAUAAACCAAUCAGUAUUGAGCUCAUCAAACAAGUUGAUAUCUACAAAUACGAUCCAUGGGAUCUUCCAAAAGUGAGCAGCAUGGGGGAGAAGGAGUGGUAUUUCUUCUGCAUAAGAGGGAGGAAGUACAGGAACAGCAUUAGACCAAACAGAGUGACAGGGUCUGGAUUUUGGAAGGCCACAGGCAUUGACAAGGCAAUAUAUUCAGUCCAAGAACCUCAUCAAAGCAUCGGCCUCAAGAAGUCGUUAGUCUACUACCGUGGGAGUGCUGGUAAAGGCACCAAAACUGAUUGGAUGAUGCAUGAGUUUCGCCUUCCUCCAAAUCAUCUUGACAAAUCUAACAACCUCAUUAAUGCCACCAAUAUUCCUCAAGAAGCUGAAGUUUGGACACUUUGCCGAAUAUUCAAACGGAUCCCAUCCUAUAAAAAGUAUGCCCCGAAUUGGAAAGAACCCGCCGCCAAACUGAAUUCAACCGAUUCAUGUUCGAAAACAUGCGGUUUUGAAUCAGACAACAUAAGCUUUGAAGACUCAGUCAUCCAACAAAAUGAAAGCAAACCCUUCAUCCAACAAGUUGAUCAUGAAAGAAACCACUAUUUUGUUGGCCGCUUGAAUUCUUCAGCUCAAGCUCCAUUUCCAUCGGCUUACUCAAGCUUGUGGAACCCGAGUGCAGAUGAUUUCUUUACAAAUGGAAGCUGGGAUGAGCUCAGAUCGGUGGUUCAGCUAGCCGCUGAUCCAUCCCAAGUUUAUAAGUGUAGAUAAUUAAUAGAUGUGGAGGGGCAUUAACGUGAUUUGCUUCUAUUUUAUUUUAUUUUCUUUUUCUUUUUCUUUUUCUUUUUUAGUUGAUUAACGUUAAUUAGUUACUAAAUAUUAUGUUUGGUGAUAGGUUACACUUUGUGAUGACAAUAUGCCUUCCCAGCAUUGAUAUGAUCUGCAUAG